AUGGCGGAACCAGCUGCUUUCAGUCCUGUCAGGAGACCGACGACCGACGACGCAACAAGUGCCGGCCGUCCCGGCCCACCCGAGAGAUCCGCGACAGGCACAGGCACCAUAGGUACCACAAGCACAAGCAACCGAAGUCUCGUCGGUCGCGUUCGCGGUGCUUCCAUUUCGCUGAUCAACGCAAACCCCCAGCUGGGCAUGUGGCAAGCUACCGGCACAGCAAUCGCUCAGGCACCAAAUCUGACAGAGCUGCGCGAUCCUGAGCUCGGCGGCGACCACAUCGCCUUCAACGCACAAGGCCACUCAACCCGCGUCGCCCGGGAGGAGCCCGACGGCGAACUCGCCUUGGUCAGCAGCUGGGUCACCAGACGCCAAUCCGGCUUCGGCCCUGGUCAGCAGGAGACAAGCCCCGAACCCAUCCCCGAGGUGGACCCCAUGGACACCCGGUACAACGACGUCACCGCGGCCCACGGCGUCCUCGACGCCCCCGAGGAGAUCACCAACACCCAAGGCGCCCCCGAACCACCCCGCCAGGACCUCAAGCGACGCAAAAGUCUUCACGAAAUGCGCACGACACAGGAGAAGGCCAAGUGGGGGCCGACCAUCAUGAACGGACUCAAAGCCUUCUGGAAAUUCUUCAUCACACCGUCAGGCUUCCUGAUCACCAUCUAUGGCCUCAACAUUGUGGCAUGGGGCGCCAUGCUCUUCUUCCUCUUGCUCAAGGCCGCUCCUGCGAUGACCACCCGUCUGCCGAUGCCGACAACUCGCCGCGCAAGAUCUGGCUCGAGAUUUCCAGCCAGAUCUCAACGCCCUCUUCUGCGUCACGGGUUUCGGCCCGGGCCCCGUGGCGGUUCCGCGACCUGUAUUACUACAUCAGGGCCGUCAACUUCAAAAAGCAAACCGCCAUGCGGAAGUUGGCGAACCAGAACAAGUCCUGGUUUCGCGCCGCCCGCGUGGGCUGCCGGGGAUGGAGGCGACGGUAUCGUUGUGGACGAGGACUCGUCCGACAUCGCCAGCACGUUCACCGGCAAGAGGGCGCCACCGACGCCCCUCUGGAAGCUUGGCUUCACCAUCUGGAUGAUGGUGCUCAACACGUUUCUGCAGGCUGUGCUGUGCGGCUUCAUGUGGGGAUACAAUCGGUUCGAUCGUCCGGUGAGUACGCCCCUUUAUGGGAAUCUAUUUUCCUGUCGCUGA